CGCCGCUUACGCAGUACACACAGCACUGCGGAUACCCUGAGCCGACACGGCUGCUACAUUUCGGUCCGUCUCAGAGCCGUGUUGCGGUCAUCAUGGUUUUCUACGACUAUGUCACCCAAGAGCAGCUCUCAGGUUUUGAUAAAUACAAGUACAGUGCGGUGGACUCCAACCCCCUUUCUAUCUAUGUUAUGCACCCCUUCUGGAACACAGUGGUGAAGGUCUUGCCCACAUGGCUGGCACCAAACCUCAUCACGUUCACAGGGUUCAUGUUCCUAGUAUUCACCUUCAGCUUGCUGUCUUUCUAUGACUUUGACUUUUAUGCCUCAGGGAAAGGUUACACACAUGUGCCAAGUUGGGUAUGGAUAGCUGCUGGUUUGUUUAACUUUCUAGCCUAUACUUUAGACGGUGUGGAUGGAAAACAGGCUCGGAGGACGAACUCCAGCACUCCGCUGGGUGAACUGUUUGACCACGGUUUGGACAGCUGGGCAUGCGUGUUCUUCGUUGCAGCAGUGUAUUCUGUUUUCGGACGGGGUGAAACUGGCGUGAGCGUGGAAGCACUGUAUUAUCUCUUAUGGGUUGUCCUGUUUUCAUUCAUACUGUCUCACUGGGAGAAAUACAACACUGGGAUUUUGUUUCUGCCGUGGGGCUAUGACCUCAGCCAAGUGACGAUCUCUGUCGUGUACAUUGUCACAGCAGUAGUUGGUGUGGAGACGUGGUAUAAACCAGUUAUUUGGAAUAUUCAGUACAGAGAUUUCUUCACUGUCAUGAUUAUUGCCUGUUUGUUUGUUGUUACUUUGCCAAUGAGCCUCUUUAAUGUCUUCAAGGCGUACCGCAAUAACACCCUGAAGCACAGUUCGGUAUACGAGGCCUUGUUGCCGGUUUUCUCUCCGGCCGUCUUGUUUGUGCUGUCAACACUGUGGAUCAGUCUCUCUCCCACAAACAUUGUCCAAAAGCAACCCAGAGUCUUUUAUCUCAUGGUGGGCACAGCCUUCUCCAACGUUACUUGCAAGCUCAUUGUAUGCCAGAUGAGUAAUACUCGAUGCAAGCCAUUGAGUUUGUUGUUGUUGCCAAUGACAGCUGUGGUAAUGCUGGUGAUCUCUGGGACCGUGCAGCACAGUGAAACUGUCAUCCUGUACAUAUGGACUUCUGUUGUUCUCCUUGUUCACAUACACUAUGGUGUAUCAGUUGUGAGGCAGUUGAGUGGUCAUUUUAAAAUAUGCGCCUUCUCACUGAAAAAGCCCAAUUCGGACUGACAGGACGAGGAGAAAAUCGGCCUGAAGGCUGCUGAGGUCUAAGCUAUCUCUGCAAAGUCUUCAGCUAGCCGACUUUCACCAGUCACCAAGGAGACACAGCUAACACCAGGAAACCAAAAUUUACUGACCAAACACGCCUUCUUUUUCUGUGGAUGCUGCUCCGUAAACAAGAUCGAUUGAGCCAAGACAUGCAGCUGCAUCACUGGGACCAAUGAGCCAGAGGUGGAGCUGCGCCACGGGGCCCGCUGCGCCCAGAGGUGGAGCUGCUCCAUAGGACCAUUUCAAGCCCAGAGACACCGCUAAACCAUGGGACUCGCUGAUCUAAAAAAAUGCAGCUGCACAACAGGAACCACUGAGCCCAGGAACUACAGUGCCUAGAUUUGCAGCUGUGUGACGGGGUCAAUUUCUCGAAACAGAAAGAGCUGUAUUGUGUUGCUAGCUCAGGAGUGAAACUGUUUGGUUGUCUGGUAUCUGUGAAGGUGAGAAUUAUGCUUGUUUCCUAAGGAAAUGUGCUUUUCAGCUGAGAUACCAGGAGCCUUGUACAGUUGGUUUACUCUCACUCGUAGGUUCUCUUGGAAGAGUUCACACAUUCACUCCAGCAUGCUCCAUAACAUGUAGCACAACACAUGAUGUACACAGAAGAUGUGAUGAAUGUCUUCAGCUAAUUUGACUUGAAGAUUUUAUUUACAAUUCAUUAGCUCAUUUUGGAAAAGUAAUCUCCUUUUUUAAACGCUUCCCACUGUAAUUGAAGCAAAAAGAGGCAUUACUGAUUUUGGACAGUAUAUACAGACUGAAAACAGCCUCAAUUUCUGUUAAUAGAAGCUUAUUAUUUAUAUGUGUGUGGGAACAGGGAAGAUAAUGGCUUAUUUAAAAUUGUGGUGCUUUUGCUGAUCUGUGACUAUGACUAUAGGAUUAUAAUAAUGACAGAAUAAUGCACAUUUUGACUACCGCAAUUGAUGAAUUGCUAGAAGACUGACUCCAUUUCAGUGAACACAAACUAGUAUGUUGCACACAGCUCAAACUUAUGACCUCCGACAAAUUGAAAGGUGGAAUUAUCGAUUCUGCCGUUUGGACCGGUAAAGGGAUUUAUUUUUGUUUCCUUUUAACAUUGGUGAUGGUGUGUCUGCAUGCCGAUUUUCAGUUACCUCCGUCUAUCUGUAUUUUCUUUGUUUUGCUUCACUAGUUGACUUUUAUUGAGUUUAUUUGUGCUUGAAUGAAGAGUGUGCUUCAAACCCUAACCAGGACAGAGUGCACUUUGAGUGAGCGAGUCAACCUCGCUCCGUUCUUUAAACACGAUAAAAGCACUAGUCUCUGUGCCACCAACAUGACCGUUUAACCUACAAACAACCAGUGUCAUGGCCUAAGUCCAAUUCGUUCCAACAUUUACCCUUUUUUUCUUUCUUUGCCUCUUUUAGGGUAUCUUGUUUUCUUUUGGUGGGCUUAAGCAGGGGUAAUAGGAUUGUCUUUUUUUUAAAGCUAUCUUUGAUUGUUCAAACUGUGCGUGAGUUAAAUGUAUGCGUGUAUAUACAUUUGUAUGCGUGUGUGCAUAUGUACUGUAUGUAUGUAUGUAUUUAUCUGUGUAUGUUUUACAUUUGUAUACUCUCACACUAGAAACCUCAUACCUCCAGGUUUUGUUUCUAUGGGAUGAGUGGCAGUUAUUGAAUCCGAACAAUUGAUGGUUAAACAUGUAUAUAUGUAACCCUAUCCAUGUUGUAAUAGCAUUGUUAUUGUUCAUCUUUUUAUUGUUUUUAAUCUCCAUAACAGUGAAAUACACCAAAACGUCUUUAUACUCUUAAUAUCGCCAGAAUUUAAGAGAAAUGACACAGGCAAAUGUAUUUUAUCAAUGUUGUACCCACAGUAAACGGUUUUUUUUGUAAUGUGAA